AUGGCUCUAAAAAUACGUAUUCCGCGUGAACCAGUUAUACCUCACGCAUGUCUUCAACCUAGUUUACAAUCAUCAGUAUCACGGAAGUUCUGGACUGUACCUUUAUGGAUUAUAUUAAGUAUAAAUUAUAUUUAUAAUUGGUAUAUUGAAACAUUAAUUCGUGUUCUCGAUGAAUUAAUUCAUUUUAUUGGAUUUAUUGUUAUGAUGGUUUACUUAAGACCAGAUAAAACAAACAUUAUAUUUCCUUAUCAUACUAGUACAAUUUCAACGACAAUUUCAUCUAGACAACAAGAUAACAAUAAUAAUAAUAAUAAUAAUAAUAAUAAUAAUAAUGAUACAUGCAAAACAAAAUUAGUUAGUGAAUCUGUUGGCAGUACAUCAACAACUACAAAGUCAUCACAAUUAUCAUCUAAAACUCAAUCGAAAAGUAGCCUAGAACAAACAGAUAACAAUAGCGAUAAACUGACCAAUAAGAAAAUGUUACCAUCACAAUCACAACCACAACCACCGAAACGACCAAAUCCACCAAGAUUAUUUAAUUUAACCGGGAAACCAGGUGAUCUACCAGCUCCUAUUUCUAUUAUGACUAGUGGUUUAACUGAAUUGCAUAAAAAAUCACCAAUACAUUCACCGAAACGUCCACAAACUACACCAAAUUUAAGCAAUGAUUUUAAUAGUCCACGUUUCCCACCAAUUGAUAAAGCUGGUUCGUCGAUCCAUUAAAUCAUGUGUCCAUUAUCAAUCUGAUUAGAAUGUUGUUUGUUUUUUCCCAUUUAAAAUAAACAAUACAUUUACUAGUUGUUAUUAGUAUAAUUUCUCAUAUAUAUUCUAUUCAUGUUU